GGUUCCGGAGUACUGUGUUCUACCCCCGCCUUCCUCCUCCUCCUCUCGCCGCCACCACCGCCGUCGGGUCUCGCGGCCUGGGUCGGCCAGGCUGAGCCCGCAUGUACCGCGCCCUCCGGCUCUGGCUGCGGCAGGGACCCGCCCCCGACCCUGCGGCCCAGGGCCUGGCCUGGUGGAGGGCCGGCGGCCCCGGAGCUCUUUCCUAACAGCUCCGGACUGAGUCCCCACCGCCCGGCACCCUCCUGUUGCCCAGUGAGGCACUCAGGAGGGCUGGACACUGGCCGCUGUAUCUCCCUUAAACCAGGUCCUUGCUCUGCAGUCUCCUCUCCCUCUAAACACGGACUGCAACAUGCUUGUCGCCCGUUUUCCCCACUUUCUCUAACUCCAGAACCUUCUGAGUUAGAGAAAGUGCAUCCUCCCCCGGGAGACACUCGGACCCCAGGCCACCUGGGCCUGGUUUGGUGCGUGCGGGCUCCCUCCUGAUCACUCCUCUUCAUUUCUACCUUCCUGUUCCCUGUUUUCACCCCGUCUUCUCCUUAUUCCCCCUGACAUCCCUUGGAGCUCCUAAGCAGGGGCCAGUGGGCACUCCUUGCCCCAGCAUGUGAGACCCUUUAACCUGUAAUGCUGUGGCUGGCCCUUGGCCCCUUCCGUGCCAUGGAGAACCAGGUGCUGGUGAUUCGCAUCAAGAUUCCAAAUAGUGGCGCGGUGGACUGGACCGUGCACUCCGGGCCGCAGUUACUCUUCAGAGAUGUGCUGGAUGUGAUAGGCCAGGUUCUGCCUGAAGCAACAACUACAGCAUUUGAAUAUGAAGAUGAAGAUGGUGAUAGAAUCACAGUGAGAAGUGACGAAGAAAUGAAGGCAAUGCUGUCUUAUUAUUAUUCCACAGUAAUGGAACAACAAGUAAAUGGACAGUUAAUAGAGCCUCUGCAGAUAUUUCCAAGAGCCUGCAAGCCUCCUGGGGAGCGGAACAUACAUGGCCUAAAGGUGAAUACCCGGGCUGGACCGUCUCAGCAUACCAGCCCAGCAAUCUCAGAUUCGCUUCCAAGCAAUAGCUUAAAGAAGUCUUCUGCUGAACUGAAAAAGAUUCUAGCCAAUGGCCAAAUGAAUGAACAAGACAUACGAUAUCGGGACACCCUUGGUCAUGGCAACGGAGGCACUGUCUACAAAGCAUAUCAUGUCCCCAGUGGGAAAAUUUUAGCCGUAAAGGUUAUACUCUUAGAUAUUACAUUGGAACUUCAGAAGCAAAUUAUGUCUGAGUUGGAAAUUCUUUAUAAGUGUGACUCAUCAUAUAUCAUAGGAUUUUAUGGGGCGUUUUUUGUAGAAAACAGGAUUUCAAUUUGUACGGAAUUCAUGGAUGGGGGCUCUCUGGAUGUAUAUAGGAAAAUCCCAGAGCACGUGCUUGGAAGAAUUGCAGUAGCAGUUGUUAAAGGCCUUACCUAUUUGUGGAGUUUAAAGAUUUUACACAGAGAUGUGAAGCCCUCCAACAUGCUUGUAAACACACGCGGACAGGUCAAGCUGUGUGACUUCGGCGUGAGCACACAGCUGGUGAGUUCUAUAGCCAAGACGUAUGUUGGAACAAAUGCUUAUAUGGCACCUGAAAGAAUUUCAGGAGAGCAGUAUGGAAUCCAUUCUGACGUCUGGAGCUUGGGAAUCUCUUUCAUGGAGCUUGCUCUUGGGAGGUUUCCAUAUCCUCAGAUUCAGAAAAACCAGGGAUCUUUAAUGCCUCUCCAGCUUCUGCAGUGCAUUGUUGAUGAGGAUUCACCCGUCCUUCCGGUUGGAGAGUUCUCGGAACCAUUUCUACACUUCAUCACUCAGUGCAUGAGGAAACAGCCCAAAGAAAGGCCAGCACCUGAGGAGCUGAUGGGUCACCCAUUUAUCAUGCAGUUCAAUGAUGGAAACGCCACUGUGGUGUCCAUGUGGGUUUGCAGAGUACUGGAGGAGAGGCGGAGCCAGCAGGGACCUCCAUGAGACCUCAGCCGGACACUGACAUUCCAGGACCAGCCAACCUGUGCAGCCCUCUCCAUUUGCUGCCUACACCAGAAGAGCUUUGCUGAGCUCAGCCUGCCCUCACCUUCCACUCUGCCUAGGGCACCCUCAAGAGGCAACCCUCACCCCUGGUCUGGGGGCACUGACUAUUGCAGGCAGGUCGGAGGGUAGGAGGGCAGCCAGAAGAGAACCUCCUCUGUCUGCCUCCUUGUGUUUCCCUACUGUUCUUUGCAAAUGGUCAGGCCCUUUGAGCAGCACUAAUGGGAAUAAAAGUAUUAUUGCUUUGGA